AUGGACGCCCGCGGUUACAGCAGAGACAAGGCCGAUCAUUGCGCAAACGGGGAAGGUGGAUGGAUCAUGGAUCAUGGAUCAUGGAUCACCGAGACAGUGUCUGACGCUCUAGUUUUCCCACUUCCCUCCACCAAAAGGGGGUCACGGUGGCACCUGUCCAGUACGCGAGACGCGAAUCUAUCCCUGGGUGUGGUUGUCGUCGCCUUGUCAGGAUCCAGGAACGUUUCGGCGGAUACCGUCCAGAGGCGCAGUGAUGGUGGAAAAGCUGAAAUCAGGCCACCGACUCAGUCAAUCAACGUGGACAGCUGA